UAUCUUGAGGUCAAGCGUCACAUGAUUGAAACCAGGAAACAGAGAGGAGGCAUCAAUCCACAGUCACUUCCGUUUUCUUUACAGUGGAGCAGAUGCAAGGCUCGAACAAACGGACUUAUCCAGGAUGAUAAGACAUCGAGGGGAACAUGAGGUCUCCAGAGUUCAGGACUGUCAAAAUGGAAUCUCUGUAGACCUCUUCUUACACCUGUCACUCAUACCAGCUGUGUUGAUCGUAGGGGUGCUCUCCUUCCUCCAGAAAAGAACACAGAGACUGGCCAUCGACCACAGACUGCCCUUCCUGGCGGGACGUUUUGCCAUUGUGGUUCCUUUGGAUACUAUAGGUAGCCUCAGCAACCGUUGGUCCUAUGGGUUUGCAUUUGGUGCCGUGUCCAGCAGCGUCCUGCUGCUCUUCUCUGAACGUUACAUCCCCUUCACCGUCCCACCCUGGGCCAGAGCUGUAGUGUACCUGGUUGGGGCUUUAGAAGUGGGCCUGGUCUACUUGCCUUUCUUUGCCUGUCUGUCGACACCUUUCAGAGCAGCUGGUGCUGGGCUGGGAAUACUCUACUCUCUGUCCUGGAUCAUCGUUACAGUCUGGGACACAUUCACCUGUCCUGAUGGUAAGAUUUUAGGUCCGUACCAGAAGGUAAUCGUCCAGUGGCCCUCCAUCCUAUCACUCGUCUUCCUCUUGGGCCGAUUUGUCUACAUUCUGAUUAAAGCUGUUCGAAUACGCCUGCAACAGGAUCAAGAGGACCCUGAGGAGCUGAAUGAGCAACACCAGGUGCAGCAUGUCAAGACACUGCUGAGGAAAACACCUGCACACAGUAAGCGACUCAGCUGGUUCCAGAGGCGAGUGUAUGAGUGGGACCCGUACUUCAAGUUCCCCAACAGGAUCAUUGGCAGUGCCGUUAUAUCCCUCAUAGGCCUUUAUAUUAUGACUCUGGCAGACUACACGCUCAGCAAUGUGGCUUUUGACCAAGUAGACAAGUGGAAGAACACGCUACAACAGCUGGUGACCUCUUGUAACCAGACUGCAGCUCUGGGAGCCAUGAUACCACAGCUGGAAGAAUUCCUUGCUGUUGCUAGGAAGUCUUGGUUAGCUACCACCAUCAUUGCAAGUCUCAACUCUGUUGCCUACACUCUCCAUGUAUUGGUAUGUUACAGGAAACACUUGAAGAGACUGUGGAAAGGACAAAGGGGUUUUCUUCCUGAGAAGUUUCAUAACCCCAGUUCUGCUGUGAGCGUGGCUUCCAUUACAAGAUACUCAGGAUGGCAAAUAGCAUUUACACUUUGGGGCUAUGUGAUUGUCCAUUUUAUCCACUUCCAGUUGGCCCUGCUCUUGGUCUAUGGGCUGGUUCUUCCUAUAGAGCAUGGACACGUACUGAGCAUGCUCACUAACCUGGGAAUCAUUGUGCUGACCAUCGGUCUGGUGAUCAGUCUGGUGAUUCUCCAGAUAGCUCUGGUCCAGAUCUUCUUCCUCCAGGACAAGAUAUCUCCUUCUGAUAAAGAGAAACCUCUGGCUCUCAACAACAGGAAGGCGUUCCACUGCUUCAACUACUUCUUCUUUUUCUACAACGUGGUGAUGGGGUUCAGCAACUGCAUCUUGAGGCUGCUGUGCAGCAUCGUUGUAGGAACAUGGCUGGUGUCCCGCAUUGACCGAACCAUCAUGCAGAGGGGAUAUGAAAACUUGGACGCAGGCUACAGCACUUGGAUUGGGAUGAUCUUCGCCGACCACUAUCACAACAAUCCAGUCAUGGUGUGUUUCAGCCAGCUGCUGGUCUCCGACAAGCUGGAGAGACACAGAGUGUCUGCAUACUCCACAUUCAGCAACAUGCCAUCUGAAACCCCUGGGAAUAGUAGGGCCAGGAGGCGCUGGAUGCUGUUUCAUACUUUGCUGAGAAACCCUCAUCUGAUCCCGCUCAGAAAGCACCACCUCGCCUCGUCUUCGUUGUUACAGACAUCCUCGUCUCCCCAGUCAGAUAUGGUGGUGAGGGUGUGGGUCAUGGGCUCACAAACGCAGAGUUGCCAAGCAGCGUCACAGUCACUGCCAGAGAUCCCAGCCACACCAGCAGUGGACUGUUAAACAAAACAUUUACAUAGAUUCUGAUCUGGAAAAUACGGCUCGCAAUCCAAAAUUGUACGUGUGCCCUUUAGUCGAGGAUCUCUUCGUUGUAAAGGGAGGACUGUGCAGUUUUCAACAAGUCCGCUUAUCAUUUGUGACAAAAAGCCUAGUGCUAACAUCUGAUUGAUAUAAUCUAGUUAAUGUGUUUAAGGCCACCAGUCUAUCAACUCAGAUAGUAGUGUUCAUCUUUAGUAAUUUAGUCAUUUGAUACAUGGAAAUUGUGAUAAGCAGAACCAGAGAUUGAUUGUAAGCAGUUUAAUGUGUGUAUUGUUGUCAUGUAAACUUGAGAAAUGUGGUCAUAAUAGUCGGAACAAGAGCAUCUGCUGAAAAAGCAUGAUCUCAGUCAAACGAACCUUUUAUACAUUAUCACAAUAACACCCGUGCCAUCUGUUCUUGAAGGGGAGCUGGCCCAUUCCUUUUUGUAACAAUGUUUAUUGUAUUAAAAUCAGCUAAAGUGCA